CGCCGUACUGUCAAAACAGUUUUUUUGUUUAUCGAGUCCUACACAAUCCAACAAAAAUGGUUUAUAUUCAUUUUCCAUCCAAUUUGACCGAAGAGGAGCUGAUGCUUCAAGCAAAAUAUCAAAAAUUGAAAAAAAAGAAAAAGGCCAUUCAAGCACACAGGGCUCCAAAACAAGAAGCCGAUAAGCCAAUCAUUCCAAAACGACCUUCUGAUGCUCGCGACGCUCGAGAAGUAGCAAGAAAACUAUUAAAGAGUGGAGCCAUUCAAGCGAUACAGCGACCUGCAACCAAACAAGAUCAAACAUCGUUCAAACGACCAAAGGGACAGGAACGAAAGAGAGUAAUUCCUGACCAAAGUGUCGCUCAGUAUCAACCAUUCUCUUCGACUCAGUCGGAUAUCCAAUCUAGCGAAAUAAGUUCACCGGAGGUAAAAGACGCGUCGACCAGUCGUGUAAGAAAUCUGUAUCAGCAAUUUGCCACCGAACGGGAUAGAGAAGAACGAGGAUUGAUCGAGAAGAAAGUAUCGGUCGACACCACCGCAACACCGAUACGUACCGAUAAGCCCAGAGUAGGAAAUACGAUUUACGUUUCCGGAAAUAAGCUGACUGAUGAGUUUCUACGCAACCAUUUCAAUGCUUUCGGUGACAUCAUCAACAUAUCGAUGGAGAUUGAAAAAGGACGCGGAUUCAUUACAUUUUCCAAGCCAGAGUCAGCUGAUCGUGCUAUCAGUGAAAUGAAUGGAAAGCCCGCUGAUGGUGUGCAGUUACUGGUUCAGUUGGCCAGACGACAACCACAAAUUGAUUUAAUUAACGAUGCCUCGUCCUCUGCUGUAUGGUCUACGUUGGCUGCAAGUCAUUCGCAAAAAGGGAGUCACAAAGACAAGCGACAAGUUGUUAUUUAUGACGAUAUGUUGCCGGAUUCGGGCGAUAUAUUUGCGUAAAAUCAUUUAUUUACGAAACUGGAAUAGUUUCUCACUAAGUUUAAUGUUAGGAUGUAAUAGUACUUGAAGUAAACUGAACAAGUGAAUAUUCCUCUGUAAAAGAUUUAAUUUCUCGUCUUAAUAAAGAAGAAUUCAGAAGAAUA